GUGCAGUAGUGCAGCAGUGUCCCCGUCGCGUUUUAGCAGUGCGUCUCACCAUGGCUCUCGUUGCGAUGUGCGCCCGCGCCGCGGUAGUGAUCUUCAUGUUGGUGGUGAUGGUGUCGGGCAGCGCGAGCGCGCGCAUCACAGCGCCGACCUCGGAUUACAACAACCUGGAUACCCCCGACAGCGCCGACCUGGUGGACACGCCCUCGCCGUCGACGCCGGCGUCGUCCGGGGAGGUGGCGGCGGCCUCGGACGAGGCGUCGUCGCUGGUGCCGUGGACGGUGGGCGCCAUGAGGAUGCUCCGGCGCGUGUACCUGGAGUGCCGCGACGACGACCUGGGCUCGUGCCUCAAGGUGCAGGUGAUCCACGCCAUGGACCGCGUGGCGCGCUCCACCCGCAAGGUCGCCCUGGGCGCCGGCGUCACCCUGGAGCGGGACAGCGACGCCCCCGAGCAGGGCGCCGCCGUGGACGACCUGGAGCAGACGCUGCCGCGAUCCCUGCCGGAGCGGGAGCGCUCCCUGGACAAGCUCAUCAUGGAGAAGCUCUUCGGCUUCCUGCAGAACUACUCCCUCAGGCUAAAGCUGCCCUCCGUCGCCGAGCUCAACGGAGCCGUCGGAGCUGCCGGGGAGGACGCCCGGCGGCGCCGCCAGCCCUUCGGCGGCAUGAUGGGGCUGGGCAUGCUGCUGGCCGGCUCGCUGCUGCCCAUGAAGUUCGGCAUGCUCGCCAUGCUGGCCGGCAAGGCCCUGAUGCUGUCCAAGCUGGCGCUGCUCAUCUCGGCCCUCAUGGCGAUGCGCAACAUGGGCGCGGGCGGCGGCUCCUCGGGGGGCGGCUCCGCGCACCACUGA